AUGUCUCUCGUUGUACCGGAAGCCCACCAACAAUUCCAGCACAUCUUGCGUCUGCUCAACACUAAUGUGGAUGGAAAGCGCAAAAUCAUGUACGCCUUGACUGAGAUCAAGGGUGUCGGUCGUCGUUACUCUAACAUUGUGUGCAAAAAGGCCGAUGUUGACCUCAACAAGCGUGCCGGUGAACUCAACUCUGAUGAGCUCGAGCGAAUUGUCACGAUCAUGCAAAACCCCACCCAGUUCAAGAUUCCUACAUGGUUCUUGAGUAGACAAAAGGAUAUUGUUGACGGCAAGGACUACCAGAUCCUCUCCAACAAUGUUGACUCCAAACUUCGUGAUGACCUCGAGCGAUUAAAGAAAAUCAGGGCACACCGUGGUCUUCGACACUACUGGGGUCUUCGUGUGAGGGGUCAGCACACCAAGACGACUGGUCGUCGUGGAAAGACUGUUGGUGUGUCGAAGAAGCGUGGUUAA